GCUACUCGCGCUCGCAAUGACGAGGCCUUGCAUCUCACGGACCCAGCAAUUCCCCUCACCUGCUGUUUAUUUGCACUCGCACUCAAUUCUUCUCUCCAUAAAUAACCCCGCGGUGGCGCGAGACGUCGGUUUUGAUAGCAUAUUCGGUCAGUUCAAACUCUCGGUGCAGGAGAAUGAGUUGCACUGCGAGAGGUUGAACUUGGAGAUGAUGCAGGAGGAGGUGAUGCAGGAGUGAGAUUAAAGUGAGGAGUUGAUGGAUGCGCGAAGAGGUUGUGCUUAGAAGCGCUGGAGAUCAUGAGGAUCGCUUAUAGCUUCGUGUGGACCUGGCUGCUGCUGUUGUUCUUGUUAAAGUCUUUUGAAGGAAUUGUUGUCGCCAGUGCAAUUGACACACCCAGUAUCAACCCUUUUCAAGAUGUCUCGGUGGGUCAGUCUCUCACGCUACGUCCCUUGGUCGACGGCGUUUUUGUGGAAACAUCACCAGGAGUGAAACCAGGGGGUCUUGUGGCGUGCAUGCGAGUUCGAAUUCAAGGCAUUCCUCGGUUUUCAAAUGUUAAAAAAAUUUCCGUCAUUACUCGAGUCAAGGUGCAAUAUGCAACUGAUUCUUUGUACUGGCCUGCCGUUCCCAAGGUCGAGGUCUGCUUGCAUCGGAAUGGUUCAAUGGAAGUGGCGCAGUGCUCCCAGAAGAGUUGGCGAUCUCUUGAGAAUGGAUUUUGGUCUGGGCCUACGUCUCCUUUUCUGACCAACUAUGUUGAUAUUCGAACGAGUGAAUCAUUUUCGGACGUUGCUAUCAGUAUAUCCGCUGAAGAAGAGAGCCAGGGUUUCCGAAUUGCUUUUCUUCUUUUGGGGAUGCUGUUCCUGUUUAUAGCUCCCGUAGUGAGUGAUUGGGUGCCGUUUUACUACAGUAGUGCCAUGACCUUGGGGGUGUUCUUAGUGAUAAUCAUACUGUUGUAUCAGGGGAUGAAGCUGCUACCAACUGGACGAAAAAGCUCACUCUGGCUUCUAGUUUAUAGUACUUUGCUAGGGUUGGGUUCUGCAGUCGUACAUUAUUUUGGUGGACUCGUUAGUACUUUUCUGAAGGAUCUUGGACUUGGUGAUGAUAUGUUCAACCCUGUGGCGGUGUUCUUAGGGCUUGGUGUUCUCCUGAUUGGUGCCUGGCUUGGGUUUUGGGGAGUACGGAAGUUUGUCCUUGCAGAGGAUGGAAGUGUUGAUUUUGGUGUAGCCAAUUUUGUGAAAUGGGCAAUUCGCCUAAUCGGUUGUACAAUGCUUCUCCAGGCUUCCUAUGACGUCACCUUUUCGGUUUUGGCACUUGCACUUGGAUCAGCAGUUGUGUGGCUUAUGGGGAAGCUCGACCUACAGAACUUCGAAGUUUCGGAGUCUAUUAAACAUCAGUGGAUGGAGUACUGGAAUUCAAGAGGAGUUCUUGCCUGGAUAGAAGAAAUACUACACGAAUUCCGGUUCAAGUCACUUCGGAACGCCUCCCGGCCCUCUUUGACGCGAGGUGCCAUCAAGAAGCCAUUCACUAGAACUCAGGCAAAUUCUCUGCAGAAUCUCCCUGGUAAGGAGGCUCUGACUAGGUGGGAGCAAGUCAAUGCAUUGUCAAGAAGACACUUAAAAGCACCUGCAGCAGAUCUGGCAUCUCCAUCUCCACCUCGUCGGAAAGAAUUUCCAUCCACGUUUCACAAGACCCCAGAUCGUACCCCAUUGAGCAGCACCGAGUACAAAGCUACGGACAUCACUGAAGAGGCAGUUGGUGAACUGGUCAGAUCCAAAGAUUUCCAACUGUGGUGGGCUACGAAUGUUGUCAGCAAUGACCGUGUUUCCAUUGCUCCCAAUGAACACAGGGAGGAGAGACCAGAACACGAGGUUGAGGCUACAGCAUAUUUGCCCCAAGAUAAAAUUCUCUUGAGCAGGAAUCCUGAUUAUUUAAGAAGGUAUCAAGGCCCCACUUAAUUAAUUUUUUUGUACAUAGUAUUAUACUGGAGUCAUUCCUAGCCCCACGGAAGAGUGGUGAUGCAGUGACCUGUAGCUUUUUGUUCAUUUUUGCUCAGACGAUACAGUUUCAUUUCUGGCUUCCUUUUUGAUAAGCUAGGAGUUUUUACAAUAUUUUCAGUUUAUAGCAUGGAUCAGUCUCAAGGUUCCUUCACACACCUUUUCCAGUUUAUGAUUCAGGUUAGGAUUUGUCAUUUUUGUAAUUGCUACAUCAAUCAAUCUAAGCAUUGACAGUUUUAGAAUUUAUAGAUAAACCACUUGAUAAAGGUUUAAAAAAUUUGGUGGUUGGAUUGAAGAAAGGUUAGAAAAUUGAUGGAGACAUUAAAAUCAGGUUGGAAUUUAUUCUUUCGCAAAUUAAUUUUAUUGGAAAAUGA